AUGGAGGAGGCCUUGGAUUUGGCGCGUGCGAAGGACACAAAGGAGCGGAUGGCUGGCGUCGAGCUCCUCCACCAACUGCUCGAUGCUUCAACGAAGACUUUGUCCCCAUCGGAAGUGACGUCACUCGUCGAUGUCUGCCUAGAUCUCUUGAAAGACAACAACUUUCGAGUGUCGCAGGGCGCGCUGCAGGCCCUUGCUUCCGCUGCUGUCCUCUCCGGCGAGCAUUUGAAGCUGCACUUCAAUGCGCUGGUCCCGGCGGUGGUUGAGAGGUUGGGCGAUGCCAAGCAGCCAGUUAGGGAUGCUGCCAGAAGGCUUUUGCUUACCCUCAUGGAGGUGUCUUCACCGACUAUUAUUGUUGAAAGAGCAGGAUCUCAUGCUUGGGCACACAGAAGCUGGCGAGUUAGGGAAGAGAUUGCUCGUACAGUUACAUCUGCUAUUAGUCUGUUUGGAUCUACUGAACUACCACUUCAACGUGCCAUUUUACCACCUAUUUUGCAGUUGUUGAAUGAUCGAAAUCCUGGAGUGAGAGAAGCGGCUACUUCAUGUAUCGAGGAGAUGUAUACUCAGGCUGGCUCCCAGUUCCUUGAAGAACUGCACCGGCAUCAUCUACCAUCAUCGACGUUAAAAGAUAUUAAUGACAGAUUAGAAAAAAUUGAGCCGCAGAAGGCUCAUUCUUCUGAUGCUAUUGUUAGCAAUUAUCAUCCUAAUGAGACUCGGUCAGCAACCGUUACAAAGAAAAGCAGCCCCAGGGCCAAAAGCUCAACACGUGAGACUUCUCUCUUUGGAGCAGAUACUGAUAUAACAGAGAAACCUGUCAACCCAAUUAAAGUUUAUUCAGAGAAAGAGCUUAUAAAGGAGUUUGAAAAGAUUGCUUCUAUUCUUGUGCCUGAUAAAGAUUGGUCUGUCCGUAUUUCAGCCAUGCAGAGACUGGAAGGCCUUGUUGUUGGAGGUGCAGCUGAUCUCCCUUGUUUCCGUGGACUUCUUAAGCAGCUAGUUGGGCCCUUGAGCACUCAACUUUCUGAUAGACGAUCUAGCAUUGUGAAGCAGGCAUGCCAUCUGAUAUGCUUUUUAUCAAAAGAUCUCUUAGGAGAUUUUGAGGCGUGUGCCGAAAUAUUUAUUCCGGUCCUUUUCAAGCUUGUUGUUAUAACAGUGCUCGUAAUUGCAGAAUCUGCAGAUAACUGCAUAAAGACGAUGUUGCGCAAUUGCAAAGUUAUACGCGUGCUUCCACGAAUUGUUGAGUGCGCGAAGAAUGACCGAAGUGCUGUGCUUCGUGCAAGGUGUUGUGAGUAUGCACUUCUAAUCCUUGAGUAUUGGGCCGAUGCACCUGAAAUACUACGCUCGGCUGAUCUCUAUGAAGACCUUAUUAGAUGUUGUGUGGCAGAUGCAAUGAGUGAGGUGCGAUCUACUGCAAGGACUUGUUACAGAUUGUUUACAAAAACCUGGCCAGAUCGAUCUCGGCGUUUGUUUUCGUCCUUUGAUCCAAUUGUUCAAAGGGUGAUAAAUGAUGAAGAUGGAGGAAUGCAUAGAAGACAUGCUUCUCCUUCUGUUCGCGAAAGAAGUUCAACAAUGUCAUUGACCUCUCAGACAUCGGCACCUAAAAUUAUUCCUGGUUAUGGGACCUCUGCUAUAGUGGCAAUGGAUCGAAGUGCCAGUCUAGUCUCACAGGCAAAGUCCACCAAUAAGGGAACAGAGCGCAGUCUGGAAAGUGUGUUGCACUCGAGCAAACAGAAGGUAUCUGCUAUAGAAAGUAUGCUGAGAGGUUUGGAUGUAUCAGGGAAUAGUCGAUCUUCCAGCUUGGACCUAGGAGUUGAACCCCCAUCAUCUCGUGAUCCACCAUUUCCCCUUGCUGUCCCAGCUUCAAAUAGUCUAACAAGUUCCUUAGGCGACACAGUUUCUUCUAUCUCUAAAGGCGACAGUUGCAAUGGGGGCUUCUUGCUGUCUGGUAUCAUGACAAAAAUUCAGGCAUCUAAAGAGUCUGGCAAAUUAUCAUACCAAAACAGCACACGGAACGAACUUUCAGCCCAUUCUUCUUACCUGCCUACGAGAGUUUCGGAAAAGGUAUUCAAUAGAGGAGUUCUUGAAGAAAAUACUGAAUCCAGGGAACCUAGACGUUAUACGAACCCCAAUGUCGACAGACAAUACAUAGACACACCAUAUAGAGAUAUUAAUUAUCGGGAUUCACAGAAUAAUUACAUACCGAACUUUCAGCGUCCUCUUUUGAGGAAGAAUGCAACUGGACGAAUGUCUGCUGGAAGGAGGAGCUUUGAUGACAGUCAGCUCCAUGUGGCAGACCUGUCAAGCUAUUCAGACAGCCCGGCUACUCUUGCUGAUGCCCUAACUGAAGGCCUCAAUUCCAGUUCCAACUGGAAUGCCCGCGUGUCUGCAUUCAGUUACAUCCAUUCCCUGCUGCAGCAGGGCUCACGAGGCAUUCAAGAAAUAACCCAAAGUUUUGAAAAGGUCAUGAAAUUGUUCUUUAAGCAUUUGGACGAUCCUCACCACAAAGUCGCUCAGGCUGCCCUCUCAACCCUAGCCGAUAUUAUCACCACCUGCAGAAAGCCGUUUGAGGCUUACAUGGAGAGAAUUCUGCCCCAUGUUUUUUCCCGCCUGAUUGACCCGAAGGAAUUAGUGAGACAGACCUGCUCGACUACAAUGGAUAUCGUCGACAAGACGUAUGGUACAGAUUCUCUUCUACCCGCUCUGUUGCGUUCCCUGGACGAACAGCGCUCUCCAAAAGCCAAAUUGGCAGUCAUCGAGUUUGCUAUCGGUUCAUUUAACAAGCACACCUCGAGUUCCGAAGGCUCUGCCAAUAGUGGCAUGCUGAAGCUGUGGCUUGCGAAAUUAACGCCACUGGUGCAUGACAAAAAUACAAAACUGAAAGAAGCAGCUAUAACAUGCAUAAUAUCUGUUUAUACUCAUUUCGACUCAACAUCAGUUUUGAAUUUUAUCCUUAGUCUAUCCGUUGAGGAACAGAACUCGCUGAGGCGGGCUCUCAAGCAGUACACCCCACGCAUAGAGGUGGAGCUGAUGAACUUUCUUCAGAGCAAGAAAGAGAGACGGGUCAAAUCCUCAUAUGACCCGUCUGAUGCAGUCGGGACGUCCUCCGAAGAGGGGUAUAUUGGGUCAUCCUCGAAGAAGGCCCAGCUUUUUGGGAGGUAUACAUCCGGUUCUGUGGAUAGCGAUGUUGGUAAAAAGUGGAGCUCCCUUCAAGAUUUGUCCUUUGCAAAGGCGACUGUUGGUAAUUUAAAGUCUGAUAAUGUUAUGGAGGAUUUGACUCAUCAUUUGGUGAAGAGCAAUUCGGAUCCUGAUGUUUUUGCUUCGAAUUACAAAAGUUUGCGGUGUGCGUCCGGUGAUGUGAUUGGGUCUUGGGCAGUGGAUGACCGUCCAGAGACAGGGAUAUCUUCCUUGCCUCGUGUGGAUAUUAACGGGCUUGUUGGAUCUGAUCAUCUGCAGAAGCCCACCAACUUUGGAGUAGAGAAUGGACCUUUAUCUGAAUCUGAAUUAGCGCUAAAUUAUACUCAGCUCCCUGCCUUGAAAUUAAAUUUUGCUGCCGAAAGUGGUCCAAACAUUCCACAUGUUCUUCAUUUGAUUUGUAAUGGAGAUGAUGCGAGUUCUGCAAUAAAAAAGCACGAUGCACUUCAGCAGUUGGUUGAAGUUUCUAUAUCCAGAAAUCACUUGGUUUGGAGCAAGUACUUCAAUCAGAUCUUGACAGCUGUACUUGAAGUUCUCGAUGACUCUGAUUCAUCAAUUCGUGAGCUGGCUCUCGUUUUGAUUGUUGAAAUGCUGAAGAACCAGAAAGAUACCAUGGAGGAUUCUGUCGAGAUCAUAAUUGAAAGGCUGCUUCAUGUAACUAAAGACAGUGCUCCAAAAGUGUCCAGUGAAUCAGAGCAUUGCUUAGCUAUGGUCUUGUCUCAAUAUGACCCUAUCAGAUGCCUCAGUGUUAUUGUUCCUUUGUUGGUUACUGAUGAUGAGAGAACUCUUGUCACUUGCAUUAAUUGUUUGACAAAGCUUGUGGGCAGGCUCUCCCAUGAGGAACUGAUGGCUCAACUGCCCUCAUUUUUGCCUGCUUUGUUUGAUGCAUUCGGUAGCCAGAGUGCAGAUGUCCGCAAGACAGUAGUUUUCUGCCUGGUUGACAUUUAUAUCAUGCUCGGGAAGGCCUUUUUGCCGUAUUUGGAAGGGCUAAAUAGCACACAACUCCGGCUGGUGACAAUAUACGCAAACAGGAUAUCACAGGCGCGGACCGGUAUUCCUAUAGAUGCCACCCAAUGA